AUGGCGUCAACAAAGAAAGAUAUGUCUGAAGUCUGUCGGGAUACUAAUAUAGAAUUAGAUGGUGUGAACGAGUCAACUUUACUACAGAGCCAAAACAAACAUUCCAGUGAUGUUGACGCAGAGAUAGCGACAUCAAGGCGAUGCAUAGGACUGCGGAUAUGUUGCCACAAGUUUUCAAAACCAAUGCGAACUAAAUACCAUCCAUUACCGGAAAAUCCGAGCAUUUGCCAAAGACUGAAAUAUUCCUUUCUAUGUCCUCCCCAUGGGAACAUCGCCUGGUACAUGCAGUUCCUUAUUCUAGCAGGCAUAACAUGGAUAGUUCUUGUUUCCCUGACACACUCUGAGGCCCUCCCAGGGGGAAAUUUCUUCUCACUGUUUGUACUAUUUUACGGAGCAGUUGUUGGCGGCUACUUAAUAUCUUUCCUGAGACUACCACCUCUUUUGGGUAUGUUAAUAGUGGGUGCGGCAUUAAGAAACAUCCCAGGGGUGAAAAUUGUUGGCGAGAGCAUUGCCAUGCCAUGGUCGUCAGCUCUCAGACAGAUUGCUCUGACAGUGAUCCUAAUUAGGGCUGGUCUUGGCCUUGACCCAAAAGCUCUACGGAAGCUAUCAUUCACCGUUCUGCGUCUUGCUUUCAUUCCUUGUUUGGCAGAAUGUUGUGCUGAGGCGGUCGCAGCCCACUUCCUACUUGGGUUUCCGUGGGAAUGGGGAUUUAUGUUAGGAUUUGUACUGGCUGCAGUGUCCCCUGCAGUUGUUGUUCCAAGUCUACUCAGUCUUUCAGACCGAGGGUAUGGCCUGGACAAAGGUAUCCCCACACUGGUCAUUGCCGCAGCCAGCGUUGAUGAUGUUUUGGCCAUUACUGGAUUUGGUGUAGUCCUGGGAAUAUCAUUUUCUACAGGUGACAUUGCUUUGACAAUUGUGAAGGGUCCUCUGGAAGCCCUGUUGGGAAUUGUGUAUGGGAUUGUGGUUGGAGUUGUCAUGUGGUAUCUCCCAUCUAAGGAUACAAACAACCCUGCACUUUACCGGUCACUGUUGUUAUUAGGAGGUGGACUGAUGGCCACAUUUGGGAGUUCUGCCGUCCAUCUGUCAGGUGCUGGGCCUCUUGGCUGCCUCACUCUUGCCUUCAUUGCAGCACUUCGCUGGAGGAAAGAAGCAGAAAAGGAAGGAGAUAAUGGAAUCAAUGAUAUGGUGGCACUACUAUGGAUGAUUUUCCAGCCUUUGUUGUUUGGUCUGAUCGGUGCUGCAGUUGACGUCAACACCAUAGAUGGUGGCACUGUAGGUCUAGCCAUGGGAACCCUUGCCAUUGGUUUGUUUGUGAGACUGUGUGCAUCAUUUGGAGCAGUGCUGUUCUCUGGUCUCAACGUAAAGGAAAUGCUCUUUAUCCCAAUAGCCUGGCUCCCUAAGGCCACGGUACAGGCAGCCAUUGGUGGAAUAGCUUUGGACGAGGCAACCAAGCGAGGGGAUGCCAAUUUGAUGGCAUUGGGGACAUCGGUACUGACGAUUGCAGUGUUGUCAAUUAUAGUUACAGCUCCAAUAGGCGCCGCCCUCAUUGCUAUUUUUGGACCAAUGUGGUUGGAGAAACGAAAGGAGAACAAAGAUGGUAAUGAUGAUGACAAUGAAAAUGACAAUGAUAAUGUCAUUUGAUUUACAUUGAGGUUGUUUAUUUCUGUCAAGAACAGUAAUGAGGAAGAUGAUGACGACAAUGGUGACAGGAUUGCGACAAUGAUGAGGAGGAGGAUGUCAUUUACAACAACAAUGAGGAGGAGGAUGACGACAAUGGUGACAGGAUAGCGACAAUGAGGAGGAGGAUGACGACAAUGGUGACAGGAUAGUGACAAUGAGGAAGAGGAUGACGACAAUGGUGACAGGAUAGCGAUGACAAUGAUGAUGAUGGCAACAAUGUCAAAAUUCACAACAAAGUCAACUUUUUCCUAUCAGAGGAAAUAACUAUAAAAUAUGUUAAAGAGCAAUGUAACAGUCAUCCUAGAAGAUGAUAAGUUACAUUUAGUAUCAGAAAGAAAACAAAGUUUAUCAUUUCAAACAUUCAGUGUUUACCUAUUGUUGAAUUUAAAAAAGGGAUCAAGGAAAUUUUCAUCUAAUGCAGUCCAUUUUAUCAUUGAAUGAACAUGCAAUUUUUCUGUACACUUCUGUAAAGAUUUGAUUGAACAUAUAAUGCUAGGGCUUUGUCCAUUUUUUACUUCAGUCUGUCUGUCAUAAACUUUUUGUCCAGAGAUUUCCAGUCUUAACUUUCAAACAAUCCUAAAACUGUAAGGCCUUAAUUACCAAUAAUUAAGAUGGUAGAUUUCCUAAUCGUAACAAGAAGUUGUAUUUUUAUGAUAAAUGACAUUUUGGUUGCUGAAUUUUUUGAAGAUUUAUUGAUCCUUUUUAAAUUGUUAUUGACAUCUUGUCUAGAGAUCUGUUUUUGACUCUCUUUGGACGCUGGUCGGCGCUAUGACCAUGUUUGACUCUCUUUGGACGUUGGUCGGCGCUAUGACCAUGUUUGAUUCUCUUUGGAAGCUGGUCGGCUCUAUGACCAUGUUCGUCUCUCUUUGGAUGUUGGUCGGCUCUAUGACCAUGUUCGACUCUCUUUGGAAGCUGGUCGGCUCUAUGACCAUGUUCGACUCUCUUUGGAAGCUGGUCGGCUCUAUGACCAUGUUUGACUCUCUUUGGAAGCUGGUCGGCUCUAUGACCAUGUUUGGCUCUCUUUGGAAUCUGGUCGGC